AGGAUGUGAAGAAGAAGAUUGUGACACUUACGUCCUGAACGCUCGGCCUUUUACAGGUGUCUGUCUGUCCGCGUGAGUCACCGCCGCCGGGGGAGAAGUUUGUAAAAGUCGUGGAAAAGGUUUGGACAGCGGGUUUGAAAAGUUUUUCACCAGACGGAAGGACCAUGUCGAAGUUCAGACCCAGACUGUGCGUGCUGGAGAAAGGACCCGGCGGUUACGGGUUCCACCUGCACGGGGAGAAGGGGAAAAGCGGCCAGUUCAUCCGGCUCGUCGAGCCCGACACUCCGGCCGCUUCCGCCGGGCUGCUGGCCGGAGACCGCCUGGCGUUCGUCAACGGGCAGAGCGUGGAGGGCGAAGGUCACCAGCAGGUGGUGGCCAGGAUCCGGGCCACCAGCGGGACUCUGGAGCUGAUUGUUGUGGACCCGGAGACUUCGGAGCUGCUGAAGAAACACGACCUGCCGUGCCGGAAAGAGUUCGUCACGGAGGGAAUCCCGCUGCCGGGCGGCGACGGUGACUCAGACCGCGGGGAGGCCCACAGCGGCAGCGGCAGCCCGGGGGGGAGCAGCCCGAGGGGAGGCAGCCCGGUCCCGGCCGAGAAUGGAGACGCUUCGUCGGUGAGAUCCGAGAGGCUGAGCGUCACUUCCAAGGUAAAACAAACAAACAAAAACGCCAUUUAA